AUUGAAACUGGACUAAUUGUAAUUUGGCAAAGCCUAGAUGCAUGAACAUAAAUAAAUUGUCCCCAUGACCUCAACUAAAAUGAUGUUUUCAAAUCUCAAAUGAUUCAGUUUCUAUAAUACAAGAAAUUAACCAUAAUUACAAAAACCGGAUUGUAUUUCUGAGUCACGGUCGGACCGGACGAUCUGAACCGGUUUUGGUAAAUUGAUAGGCUUCCCUCAUGGUUUAAGAAACCGAACCCUUUUUAGUUCCUCACUUCCUUUUAUUCGAUCAGGGCUAGAGAUCGCAAAAACCCUAUAUUUUCACUGUUUUUGAGAAGAUCACUCCAAUGUCGGCCAUUGUGGCGCUAUGCAGAGCUCGAGCUUCGUCUUCUUAUUCUUUAUUCAACAGUGUUGUUCGUCCAGCAUUUCGCAGUUUCUCCACAGUACAGAACAAAACAUUGGUGGCAGAGAUGAAAGAAAAGAUGCUCCACAUGGACAUGAACUCAAUGAUAGGAAGCUCCAUGCCACUAGGUAUGAUGCGCAUAGGAACAAUCAUCAACAACAUCGAGAUGAAUCCAAAACAAGGCGCGAAGCUAGUCCGAGCUGCAGGAACAAACGGCAAGAUCCUUAAGGAGCCAUCUUCAGGGAAGUGUUUGAUAAAGCUUCCAUCAGGGGACACAAGGUGGAUCAACUCCAGUUUCCGUGCUACGAUUGGUGAAGUGUCAAACCUGUCUCACGGAGUGAAGAAGAAGCUGAGGAAAGCAGGAGAGAGUAGGUGGCUGGGGAUAAGACCAAAAGUGAGAGGCCUGGCGAAGAGUCCUUGUGAUCAUCCACACGGUGGUGGUGAAGGGAAAAGCAAAAGUAGUGGAAGCAGAGGAAGGACGUCGGUAACCCCGUGGGGGAAACCGUGCAAAGGUGGUUACAAGUCAGCUAGUGUCAAAAAGAAGAUGAAGAGAUUGGCGGCUAGAGAAGCCAAGAUGAUGUGAUGUGAUGAAGAUGGUUGGAACGUUGCUACUUGUCUUUUUGUUCUUUGAAUUGAAAUAAAACGUUUUGAACGUGCGCCACGUUUUUAAUAAACGCGUUUUAACGUAUUAAAUGAGUUGCUGUUGUGCUAAUCGUCUGCGCCGAACUUUAGAAGUUGUUUAUUUAUUAUACGCUUCUGUGAAGUAAGAGACUGUAGCAGUAGGAGGAGGUUGAAUCGAGGAAAGGGAUCAAAGACAAAAGAAAUAAUAAUUAAAAAUGGAGAUUAGAGGAGUCAAAAGGUUGGAACAAUGCACUGAAUCAAUCCCCACGAUAAAAACAUUCAAAACAUAUGUCUUCUUUGACUUGUAUUACUUUUAAAUAUUUCAGACUCGGGAAAAAAUAAUUUGUGUUAGAAUGAACUAAUGAAAUGAUAUUAGUCACUUUAAAAUAUUAUUAGGUUAAGAGAUUAGUAGUUGGUAUUAAUAAAAACACUACACAUUUGACUACAUAUUGCUUUAAUACUUGUGUAAUACAUACUUUUAGUAAGUUUUCUCUUGGUGGGUAUAAAUAAGUAAUAAUAGAGAAAUAUCCUAAGAUAUCAUUUUUUAAAUUUUUGUCACAAAAAUAGUUUUCAACGAAAAAAAUGACCAAAAUAAAUUUUAUUAAAGGGUAAAAAUGUAUUUUUAUCCUAGGGUUAACUAAUCUAGACUUAGGAUUUAGAGUCAAGGGGUGAAAGUUUGGGAUAUGGUUUCAAAUUUAAAUAAACAAAAAAUAAAUAUUAAAAUUUUCAAAAUAAAAAAGGUUAUUUUGGUCAUUUUCUUUCUUGAGAGUUAUUUUUGUGACAAAAACUUAAAAAUGAUUAUUUGAGAGAAUUGUCAUAAGUAAUAUUACAUAGAUAUUUUCGGUAAAAUAAUUACAUGAAAGUAAUUUAGAUGGCUUUUGUUGUAUAAAACAAGAUGGCUCUUCUGAAACUCAAGAAAGUCAAUUUGACAUUUUCCUUGGUCUACAGUCAAAACAGCCUACUAUUUGAAAAAAAAACUUUAAGGGUGUUUUGAAAGAAAAAGAUAAAAACAUGAAUGGUAUUAGAAGGGGUAAUCAUGAAGGGAGGAACACACAUAAUUUGAAGAGUAUGAGAUUCUAAACACACAAGAGAGCAGCCACCAUGCUUGCAGUCUCGAGUCCUACUCCUCCAUAUUUAUUCAUAAUUUCAUCUUCAUUCUUAUCUUAUGUACAUUUAUCCCUUUUUAUUUUUCUACUAACUGUUUUAUUUUUGGUUUUUCAUUUUUGGCAUAUAGACACAAGAAAAAUGUAGUGGUAUACAAAAAGGGUCGUUAAUUCUAGAAAUUUUAUAAUGACUGAAGUUAGUAAAAUUUGUUUUAAGGAAAAAUUAGAAGCAGAUAUUUUUUUUUUUUGACUAAAGGCUUAGAAGCAGAUAAUGGUAUGCUAUUCUUUUUCUUUGGAAGGUGAUGUCACAAAUAAAACAAGAAUGGUAGUAGAUUUUAGAAGGGGCAGCAGUGAAGGAAGAAGCACACAGAAUUUGAGGAGCAUGAGAUUGUAAACACACAACAGAGUAGCUUUCAAGCGUGGCUGGUUACUCUCAAUCGACUCCCAACGAGAGACAGAAUGAUUUCAUGGGGGCUGUCUGUCCCUCCCACUUGUCUGCUUUGCAAUCUUGGGGAUGAAUCUAGGGAUCAUCUCUUCUUCUCAUGUUCUUUCUCAUGGGAGCUCUGGUCUCAUCAUGCACAACGGAUCGAAAUCACUCCUACACCAGACUGGCGCCUCACACUUCUUCAUAUGCAAGCUCUUCCAGGGCCUACUUGGCGCAGGAAAUUGCAGUUACUGGUAUGGCAAUAUGUGAUCUAUUCUCUAUGGCAAGAGCGGAACGGGCGUCUUCAUCGAAGGACUUCAAAAACUGUGGCAACAAUAUCGAAAAUCCUGGACAGAGCAAUCAGAAACAAGAUCCAAUCUUUCAGAGAUUCAAAUCCGGCGGCAGCCUCUACCAUGAUCCAGUUCUGGUUUGCCACCGAUGUUUCCUCUUCCUCCGCUCCUUCGAUUACUCUCCAAUAUCAAACACUCCGGAUAUAACUUUCAACUCUUCUCUUUGGGUUUAUUGAAUUUAUCUUUGAUGUGGGUUAGGAGUUUAUCUCUGAUGUAAUAGGGCUUAGCCCAACAAACUAAGGCCAUUAGCUGGCUUGUUUUCUUUUUUUCUCAUGCUUUAAAUAGAAGAACAUUUUCAAAAAAAAAAAAAAAAAACAGAGUAGCCACCGUGCUUGCCAUCUCGGGUCGUACUCCAUAUUUAUUCAUCAUUUCAUUUUUAUUCUUAUUUCUACUAGUCCUUUAAGUUAUUUAUUUUACUAAUGCUUUAUUUAGAACAAAACUUAGGUUCAUCCUUAUUAUGAAUGGUUAAAUUCACACACUU